AUGACUGUUAAAUCCUUCGAAGUAUCUGAACCAUUAGAAUCAAGUUUGAAAGGUUUUUGCCUUGGCAAAUCCUUCAAUUACUUUAGUACCAGAAGAAAAAUAUUAUUCAGAAAGACUGAUUCAAAAAAAGUGGCUAUUAUUUCUGGUGGUGGUAGUGGUCAUGAACCAGCACAUGCUGGUUUCGUCGGCAAAGGUAUGUUAGGAGCUGCUGUUUGUGGUGAUGUUUUUGCAUCACCAUCAACUAAACAGAUCUUAAAUGCAAUUCAAUUGGUUAAUGAAAAUUCCAAUGGUGUUUUGUUGAUUGUUAAAAACUAUACCGGUGAUGUCUUACAUUUUGGUUUAUCUGCUGAAAGAGCAAGAGCUUUAGGAAUCAAUUGUGAAGUUGUAGUAGUUGGUGAUGAUACUGCAGUUGGUAGAGAAAAGGGUGGUAUGGUUGGUAGAAGAGCUUUAGCUGGUACUGUCUUAGUUCAUAAGAUUACUGGUGCUUUUGCUGAAGAAUAUUCUGAAAAAUAUGGUUUAGCAGGUACAUCUAAAGUUGCCAAGAUUAUUAAUGAAAAUUUGGUCACUAUUGGUACUUCUUUAGAACAUUGUAAAGUUCCAGGUAGAAAAUUUGAAAGUAACUUGGAAUCCACUCAAAUGGAACUAGGUAUGGGUAUUCACAAUGAACCAGGUGUUAAAGUUUUAGAACCAAUUCCAUCAACAGAAGAUAUUAUCUCCAAGUAUAUGUUGCCAAGUCUUUUAGAUUCAACUGAUAAGGAUAGAUAUUUUGUUGAUUUUGAAAAGGAUGAUGAAGUUGCAUUGUUGAUUAAUAACCUGGGUGGUGUUAGUAAUUUCAUCAUCUCUUCAAUUGCCUCUUAUACUAAUGAUUUUUUGAAAACAAAUUAUGCUAUUGAACCUGUUAAGGUUAUUACUGGUACAUUGAUGACUGCAUUUAAUGGUAAUGGGUUUAGUAUUACCUUAUUAAAUGCUACAAAGGCUACCAAUGAAUUAAAGAAAAACUUCCCAGAAAUUCAUUCUGUUUUAGACUUAUUAAAUGCUGAAACUAAUGCUCCUGGUUGGACUGUCCACCCAGUAGACACAAAGGCUCCUUCUGUUAAUAAGUCUCUAUUAGAAGGUGAAAUUAAGGUCAAGGAUGCUGGUUCGUAUGAUUAUGACCUAUUUGCUAAAUGGAUGAAAGCAGGUGCUGCUCAACUUAUUAAAAGUGAACCACAUAUUACUUCAUUAGAUACCAAGGUAGGUGAUGGUGACUGUGGUUAUACUUUAGUGUCUGGUGCUAAUGGUAUUACAGAAAAUUUGCCAAAAUUUUCCAAAAAAUCAUUAUCUGAAGCUAUUGCUCAAUUAUCUGAUGUAAUUGAAGAAACAAUGGGUGGUACUUCUGGUGGGUUAUACUCAAUCUUACUUUCAGGUUUAUCACAUGGUUUAAUCCAAGUUUGCAAGGACGAAAAUACCUCUGUUACAAAAGAUUUAUUGGCUCAAGCAUUUGAAAUUUCUUUAGAGACUUUAUAUAAAUAUACUAACGCUAGAGUUGGUUCGUCCACUAUGGUUGAUGCUUUAGAACCAUUUGUUAAAGAAUUUUCUAAAUCAAAAGAUUUCAAGAAGGCAGUUCAAGCUGCAGAUGCAGGUGCAAAAUCAACAGGUACAUUUGAAGCCAAAUUUGGAAGAGCCUCUUACGUAGGUGAUUCUUCUAGUAUUGAAGAUCCAGGUGCUGUUGGUCUUGUAGAAUUUUUGAAGGGUAUCGAAUCUGUUUUUUAG